AUGCCCCAGGCCCUGUGCAUCCAGCACGUGUACGGCGCUCAGCACCCGCCCUUCGACCCCCUGGUCCACGGCACCUUGCUCAAGGCCACGCCCAAGGCGCCCACCACGCCGGUCAAGGCCAAGCGAGUCAGCACCUUCCAGGAGUUUGAGAGCAACACCAGUGACGCCUGGGACGCCGGCGAAGACGAUGACGAGCUCCUGGCCAUGGCGGCUGAGAGCCUCAACACCGCGGUCGUCAUGGAGACGGCCCACCGCGUCCUGCGCAACCACAGCCAGCGGCAGGCGUGCCCCCAGCCACCCGGGGCCCCGGAGCCCUCAGUGGAGCCCUUGGCAGAGCCCCCCGAGGCCCCCGGCGGUGACCUGCGGCUGGUGAAGUCCGGCAGUGAGAGCCACGCGGCCUGUCCUGGAGGAAGCGCCAGCGACGCCGUCCCUCUGCAGAGGUCCCAGUCUCUCCCGCACGCGGCCACGGUGGCACUGGGCGGGGCGCCCGAACCCAGUGCCCUCAGCAGCUCGGCCUUAAGUGAAAGAGAGGCCUCUCGGCUGGACAAGUUCAAGCACCUGCUUGCGGGCCCCAACACAGACCUCGAGGAGCUCAGGAAGCUAAGCUGGUCCGGGAUCCCCAAGCCCGUCCGUGCCGUCACGUGGAAGCUGCUCUCAGGUUACCUUCCUGCCAAUGUAGACCGAAGACCAGCCACUCUCCAAAGAAAGCAGAAAGAAUAUUUUGCUUUUAUUGAUCACUAUUACGAUUCCAGGAAUGAUGAGGUUCACCAGGACACCUAUAGACAGAUCCACAUAGACAUCCCUCGAAUGAAUCCCGAAGCACUGAUACUUCAGCCCAAAGUGACAGAGAUUUUUGAAAGGAUACUGUUCAUAUGGGCCAUCCGUCAUCCUGCCAGCGGAUAUGUUCAGGGGAUAAAUGACCUUGUCACUCCCUUCUUUGUAGUCUUCAUCUGCGAGUACAUAGACGACGAGGAUGCGGACUCCGCUGACAUCUCCCGGGUGCCCGAGGAUGCGCUGCGCAACGUGGAGGCCGACACGUACUGGUGCAUGAGCCGGCUGCUGGACGGCAUCCAGGACAACUAUACAUUCGCCCAACCUGGGAUUCAGAUGAAAGUGAAGAUGUUGGAAGAGCUUGUGAGCCGCAUUGACGAGCAAGUUCACCGACACCUGGAUCAGCACGAGGUGAGAUACCUGCAGUUCGCCUUCCGCUGGAUGAACAACCUGCUGAUGCGGGAGCUGCCCCUGCGCUGCGCCGUGCGCCUCUGGGACACCUACCAGUCGGAACCCGAGGGCUUCGCCAAUUUCCACCUGUACGUGUGUGCUGCUUUUCUCGUGAGAUGGAGGAAAGAAAUACUGGAAGAAAGAGAUUUUCAAGAGCUGCUGCUCUUCCUUCAGAACCUGCCCACCACCCACUGGGGUGACGAGGACGUCAGCCUGCUGCUGGCCGAGGCCUACCGCCUCAAGUUCGCCUUCGCGGACGCCCCCAAUCACUACAAGAAGUGA